AUGGGCGCGCAGCAGACGAAGGAGCGUCCUAGACGUGCAAAUCAUCUAAAGUCUGACACUACGUCUUGCUUUCAAGAACAUGGUCCGGGCACAAACUUCAAAGGUUCUCCUUUAGUGCAACUACCACAGAUAAACCAACUAAAUGACCAGAUAUUGGUUGCUUUGUUUGAUUUUUUCCCACCUAACGCAAUAGAUAAUCAGUCACAAAUCCGAGUCGAGAAGGGUGACCACUUAUACUUAUUUGGUUACAGUGCAGAUGGUGAUUGGGCUGAUGUUGAAUGCCUAAGAACUAAUGAUCGCGGUUGGAUACCAACAAACUAUACGGGUCGCAUUCCUGUUAAUCCCAAUGACCAGUGUACUAAUUUAAAUACUGGAUCAGCUUCUGGUAGUUCACUCACUUUCCAACAAGCUAUUAGUCGUGAUGUAAGCUGUAAUGGUAGUCAAGGCAGUUUGGCUGGAGUAGGAUUGGAAUCAGAAAAGUGGUAUCAUGGAGCUAUUCAACGCAGUUAUGCAGAGUAUUUACUCAAUAGUGGAAUUACAGGCAGUUUUCUUGUCCGAGAAUCAGAAAGUCAUCCUGGUCAAUUAACUAUAAGUUUGCGUUAUGAAGGACAAAUAUGGCACUAUCGUAUUCAUCGUGAUGAUUCCAAUUUAUACUUUGUUAUUGAAUCGAACAAGUUUGCCUCAGUCUCUGAACUUGUCCAUCACCACGAGAAGCACUCAGACGGUUUGGCGUGUACAUUAUUGUAUCCAGCACCUAAACGGGAUAAAACAAGUUCAGAGUUACGCAUGGAUCCUGGAUUCGAUGUACGUGAAAUAGAUCGGACUGAAAUAGUUAUGAAACACAAGUUAGGAUCUGGACAAUAUGGUGUAGUCUAUGAAGCUGUUUGGAAACCUUAUAACGUGUUGGUAGCUGUGAAAACACUCAAGGAGAAUGUGACUGUACGUGACGAGUUCUUGGAAGAAGCCCGCUUGAUGAAAAGUUUGAGGCAUCCAAAUCUUGUGACAUUGCUAGGUGCAUGUACUCGUGAACCGCCAUACUAUAUCGUUACUGAAUUUAUGUGUAACGGCAAUCUAUUAGAUUAUUUACGAAAACAGCCUAGAACUGAAUUGACACCUUCAGUUUUGCUACAUAUGGCAACACAAGUUGCUAGAGGGAUGGCCUAUCUGGAACAGCAUAAUUUUAUACAUCGUGAUUUGGCGGCACGUAAUUGUCUUGUUGGCACACAGCAUACUAUCAAAGUGGCAGAUUUUGGAUUGGCUCGUUGUAUAGAACGUGACUUGACGUAUAGAGCACAUGAAGGAGCUAAAUUCCCAAUUAAAUGGACAGCACCAGAAGGCUUAGUUUAUAAUAUAUUUUCAACUAAAUCAGAUGUAUGGGCAUUCGGUGUACUACUAUGGGAGAUUGCAACUUAUGGUAAAACACCGUAUCCGGGUGUUGAAUUACAGGAUGUAUAUGUUUUAUUGGAAAGAGGUACUCGAAUGCUUUGUCCUGAUGGUUGUCCUGAACCAGUAUAUCAACUCAUGUUACAGUGUUGGCAAUGGCAUCCUGAACAACGUCCACCAUUUUCUGAUAUCUUAAAUCAAUUGGAAUCCAUGCAGACUAAUACUACGAUUGAUGAACAAGUAGCUUCUGAAUUAGCCUCCUCAUCAAACAUCAAUGAGGUGCAUACAGUCAGUGCGAGUGAAUUAAGUAAAUUACUGAAACGUCCGCAAAAUGUAUUUCCUCGCCCACCUCUUCCUCCUAGGCCACCACCUCCGAGACGAAGUACUAGUUGUGAUCAUUUAAUUGAUGAAAGUACUGAAAGCAAAUGUGAUAAAAUGAAAGCUAACUGUAUUUCAGAAGACUAUAAAUCUGAUACACCAGUAAACGUGUCUACUAAUAAUCAUAAAUCUCAUGGAAAUAUAUUCACUAGAAAUCUCAAAAACCCUCUAUCAAAACAGUUACACAUUGAUGAUUUAAGCACAGAGGAAUUUUGUACUUCUGAAAAAGAUAUACCAUUUACAACAUCUGGAUCACUUGGACGUAAAAGAACUGCUCCUAGGCCACCGAGACGUACUACACCAGUCAAACCGUUAAAUUUUCCUCUAGAUUGUAGUUUAUUGGAUGAUAAUGCCAAUAUAACUGGAUCUGUCUUCUCUACAGCUUACUGGAAUGAUUAUAAAAAUGAUUUUGAUCAUACACCCCUUCCACCACCGCCAUCAUCAUGUAAUUUACUUCAUCUUGAAACUGUUCAUCAUUCAACACAACAAUCACUUUCACAUCAAUUACACUCACGUGUAACACAACCUAAUGGUUCUUUAUCAGCUAAUCCGAAUUCAGUUGCAUUCACAAUGCCAUCAAUUAUGAGCAGUUCUGCUAUUUUCCCAUCUGGUCUGUUUUCAUAUGUGGAUCCUAUUCCAUGUGAUGAUAAUCUAACAAGAUCAGUUUGUCCUGAUCAUCCGAUAUCAACAAAUACUCCUCUCACAUCCACUAAGCACUGCCAUUCUUCAAAGUCAUCAUUGCCCACAAAAUCAGUCAGUAACUCAGACUUUCCUCAAAAAUCCUCCUCUGAUAUUCAUUCAAAAAAUCCAUUGUCUUUAAAUCAUUCCCAUAUCAGACGCAAUAUAGAUAAUAAUCUUCUAAAAGAGUGUAAGUCUAUUGUUCAUCAGCCAAGUGUUGCAUCUGCAGAUUUUCAAGAAGAAUUACGAGAUAGGUUAAAACAGCAUUCUCAGCAGCUCAAAGACUGGUCCUCGUCGAAACCUAUCGCAUCUAAAGCCGUACCAGAUAAGUUAUUUGGUAAUUCAAAUUCACCGUUAUGUAAUCAAGAGAAAACGGAUUCUAAAUUAUCAGUUCCUAAUAACUCCCCAUAUUUCACUAUUCCUCGACUGAAACCUCUCAGUUCCACAAAUCCAGGUUCAGUAUCUGUUGGAAUAUCAUCGAACACCACAUCUGGGGCAAGUAGUAAUCAAACCUCAACAUCUCAUGGAAAGACAGAGCCUCCACGUUAUCCUUCUGAACUGAUUCGAUCGCUUGCAUCAUCACAGAACAAGUUUGAAAAGUGUAUUCCUUCUUCGACAGCGUCUGUUUCUUCUAAUGCAACCAACACUUUGGUGAAUAAAUCAAGUAAAGAUGCCAACAGUUCGCCGAAAUUUCAUCCGAAAAGGCAUGAAAAAGAAAAUCAUGAUAAAUUGUCUAGCAUAAUACAGAAGCGAUUAAGCUGGACUGGUCCAACCGAUGAUAAUUCCUCAGGCAGUCAAAAACGAUCUCAACGAUUAUGUCUACCUACUAUAUUUUCCACUUCAUCAACAGCUCUAGAUGAAGUCAGUUCAUCUAGUAAUCAUUGUGUUCCACCAACUAGAAAUCACUUAAAGAAGCAUUUGUCACAUAUCGUAGAAGAACUGGAAGAUUUAACCAGUCCAGGAAGUAAUCUUUCCUCUGUGACUACAACCAUUUCAUCAUCAUCGUCAUCAUCCAUGUCCAACUCAGAACAUUUAAUUGAAUUAGCUGAUCAAAUGGAAGCUUGUCGAUUAAGUUGUUCAGUAUACAUUGAUCAAGCUACAUGUUCAGCUAGAGCGAAAUUCAGUUUUCGUGAUCGGUUUGCAUGCUUACAAACAUUUAGCAGUUUACUACGUUCUAAAAAACUUGAUUCUUCUUAUAGUCAAAACAAAACUAAUUUAGGCGUACUUAAAGAUGCAAAAAACGCUAUCAAUGAGAUUAUAAAUGAUUUGAAUAAACUAACUGAAGAUGUAAACACUACUACACUACCAUUAGACUCUUCAAAAUCACUUGAUCAUUCAGGUCACAAACAACAUUCAACCUUAACAUCGAAUCAAUCCACUUUAAAUUGUACAGAAAAUCUUAAUAUUACUGAUAAUCGAAGUACUACUGUCUUUACUUGA